AUGGACGAUGGUGCAACGGCAACGACAGGAGGAGGUACAAGCAGCGGCGGCCACCACCUCAUCGGAUCGAGGAUUGAGGAGCACCGCAAGUACAUGUCGGAGUCGAGCUGCUGCCCCAGGUGCGGCCACAAGAUCGACCAGAAGCUGGAUUGGGUGGGGCUGCCGGCCGGGGUGAAAUUCGACCCGACGGACCAGGAGCUGAUCGAGCAUCUAGAGGCGAAAGUCCAGUCCGGCGGCACGGCGGCCGUGGCAGCCCCGUCUCACCCUCUCAUCGACGAGUUCAUACCCACCAUUGAGGGGGAGGAUGGCAUCUGUUACACCCACCCGGAGAAACUGCCAGGUGUGUCCAAGGACGGUCUGAGCAGGCACUUCUUCCACCGGCCGUCCAAGGCUUACACCACUGGCACCCGCAAGCGCCGCAAGAUCCAGCCGCCGGCAACCGUGGACGCUUCCGCUCUCUCCUCCGCCGGAUCAGUAGCUGCGGGUGCGGCUCACCAGCAGCAGCAACAACAGCAGCGGAGUGAGACGCGGUGGCACAAGACUGGCAAGACGCGGCCGGUGGCUGUGGGCGGCCGACAGAGGGGGUGCAAGAAGAUCUUGGUGCUCUACACCAACUUCGGCAAGCACCGGAAGCCCGAGAAGACCAACUGGGUGAUGCACCAGUAUCACCUCGGCGAGUCUGAGGAAGAGCGCGAGGGCGAGCUCGUCGUAUCUAAGAUCUUCUACCAGACGCAGCCGAGGCAGUGCGGCGUCGGGGAUGGAGCCUCGGCAUCAGUCCCGGCGUCUAGCACUGGCACGUUCGCCAUGGAGAGGAGGAGGGCCGACGGUGCGGGCAGAUCACGGGCGGUGCACAUGACCCCGUCCGACAUGGUCAACGCCGCAUUCCAUGGCACCACACGCAUUCAGGACUUCAGCUUCUCACAAUUCAGAAACAACAUCGAGGAGGUGGGAAUGGGAGGAUCAGAUCACCAAGUGGUGCAAGUUAGGGCUGACGAGGGAGUGCUGCAUCGUCCUGCAUCGCUUCACCAUCAGCACCCCCACCAGCAGCAGCAUCACGUCGUGGACGAGCACGAUCACCGGCGCCACCACCACCACUACGCCGGCCUCCAGCAGGAGCACCACCACUCGUCGACAGCGGCGUUCCACGUAAGCACACCGACGGACCCCAUUGCCACGCUGAUUGCGGCGCCGCCUGUCCACCAGGGCUCGGUUGUGCUUGCGGCGCCGACGGCGGAGCCCUAUGGUCAUGGGGCACCGAGCUACCAUAAUCAGGAGGAUGAGCGGCCACACCAAACGCGAAAGUUCGAUGGACGGUCGACUUCUGGCCUCGAAGAGGUGAUCAUGGGAUGUACAUCGAGGAGGUCCAAAGGAGGAGAAACAUCAGGCAGCAAGGAGGACACAGAAUGGCAGUACCCAUCCUUCUGGCCUUCUGACAACCAGGAUCAUCAUGGGUGA